AUGAGAGAUCUGUUUUAAAAACACGAAUUUAAAUUACGUAAGUAUAAUUUGCGUUUGAGUGCGUCUGGAUCUAUCUUGACAAAGAUUCAUAAAUGAUUUAUUAAGACUUGCAGUCACGCGGUAUACAAAGUGAUAAAACCGGAUGACCCGGAUACCUGAAAAAGUACCCGUAGUUGCAACAUAGCUGGCUGGCAGCAUCAGCAACUUCGCAGAACUUUGUGAAGUUUUUUUCUUUUUGCGUGAUAUUCAAUUAUCUGUCUCCUUGCAUAUUUAAAACGCAUUUUGCUGAAACAUCAUACACUUAAAGAUGUAACAAGGUAUUAUUGGAACUUAGAAAUAAUCUCAAACCAGAACCAAGAGAAUGAUGGAUGAGCUUGUGUACAAGGCUAUAUGUGAGGACCGGCCUACCAGACUGGAGUCGUUCCUGCGUAAUGGUGGCGACCCCAACAUGUGGAUUGAGGACACUGCAAGGAUCUCAGCCAAGACUUUCCUGCAUGUGUGCUGUGAGAAGGGACGCAUCAGAUGUGUCAAGGUGUUGCUGGAGUUUGGUGCGCAGGUGGACAUUCAGGGCUCAUGGGGUCAGACGCCCUUGAUGCUUUGUGUGCUGGUGCAGUACUACAACAUUGCAGAGCUGCUCCUCAACAACUGUAAGAACAUCAUCAACCAGCAGGACUCCAGUGGGAACACCCCCAUGCACAUCGCUAUUGCCAAUGACAGUGUGGAGGGGGUGGAGUUGUUGCUGCGUUACCAUGCCGACCUGAACGUCAUGAACACAAAUGGGCAGACACCUCUGAUGAAAAUAUGUUCAACAAAAGACUCAAAAAACAUGCACACUAUUGUGAAACUUCUUCUUAAAGGUGGUGCAAACAUUGAUGAAAAGGACUUCAAGAGCCACCGCACAGCCUUGCAGAGAGCAGUUUUAUCGAAGAACAUUCACACGGUAGAGUUGCUCUUGAACUGUGGGGCUGAUCCCAACAGUCAGGACAGCAGUGGACGCACCCCCCUCAGCAACAUCAUCUGGGACAACAUACGGACGUAUGAACGCACACGCUUAAUCAAUGAUGACGUGAUGACUAUCAUAUUUAUGCUCGUCUCCGCAGGGACUAAUCUCAAUACAUGCAGGUACGAGCACUCUAACCCACUGAUCAUGUCCAUUCAGUUUGGAUGUACACCUCUAGUCAACUACCUGCUGGUCAGUGGUGCCUCACUUCACGUGGCAUAUUUCGGUGGCAUCACCCCUCUCCAUCACGCUGUAAACAAGAAAGACAUGGACACAAUAAAGGUCCUGCUCAACUGGACGUCAGACUUGCGGGUCAAAGCACGCAUGGACAAAUUCAACUACGAACUCGAGUUUGACGUCUUUCAUUGGGCUGUUAACACUGACUGUCCAGAAAUAGCUCUGUUGCUUGUUAAGGCAGGCUACAACGCAUCCACCGUGGACUAUCUCACAAACCCUUGUCUCCCUCCACCAAUGUGCUUUCUGGGUCGGCCCGACAUUUUGGAAGAGUUGCGCAAUGCGGUUCUGGAGCCACCAACGCUGUUCGACUCCUCAGUGAGAAGGAUAAGGAAGGCAUUAAGGAACAAUAUUUCAUCAAAAGCUGACCAGCUGCCUUUGCCAAAGUUGCUCAUUGAAGAUGUUAAGCUUAGGGGACUUUUGUGCUAAGAAGAUUGACAUCUAAGCGAUUUUCUCCACACCUUACUGUUAUAGUUGUCCAUUUGACGUUAUUCGUUAAUGCUGUAUUUUGUUUGGAUUUGGUUUUGAUUUUUGAGUUGUGCAAUAUUUUGUGUUACUUUUUUGUAUUGCAAUAUUUCUGUUUUUUAUUUGAGAUCCCUUUUUUACUGUGUUCUGUGCAAUAUCAAUUGAUAAAUGAUCUUUGUUAAAUUUUGUUAUUAUGCUAUGAUAAAUUGCAGAAGUUUAUUGUGUUCCAUUGUGAUGUGUAUAUUUUGUUUGAAUUUGCAUAAAAUUGUACAUUGUUCAUACAGACAAAAUUGUUGUACCCCAACAAAGUAUGUAGCCUUAAGGAUUGCACUUGUUUGUACAUGGUAAUAAUACUACUUGUCCAGACUGUAACUAUAUUUAAUUGAAGAUAUUCUACCAUAAUCACUACAAAUGAUUAGCAUGUGUAGAAAGCAUCUCAAAGAUCAAUGUCACACAUUUCAGAUAUAAAUAUGGGCAAAAAACUGCUUUUCACUUAAUUUUAAUUUUGAAAAUAGUUAAAAAAAAUUGAUAUUCUAUGUCGGUGUUAUGCUCAUUGUCAGUGUGGAAGCAUGUGUUGUAAGGUAAUUUUGGUAAUAUUUAUCAGUUUAAAGCUUUACUGUUGUGUUGAGAGACAUUUUGUA